AUGUACAGUAGGGGCUCGAGUGGAAUCGACAAGACACAGCCUAUAAUCAUCGACUCUGACUCCGAGCCGGAAGAUGAUGGCCGACCUGUCCGGCCCGUAUCGCAAGCACACUCCGCCUCUGGAUCAUACGCCUCAGCACCUGCCAAUGAUCCUCCCAGGCUAUCUCUCCGGGUGUCGAGGCAGCCCGUCGUCUCGCAAGGGAGCUCCUCGAGUGUACGGCCAAAGAACGGCAAUGAGGGUGAAGACGCAUCGCUGUUGCCCGCAACAACAAUACCCCUGAGGAAGGAGCGGGAGGACAUCGCGCAGAGGGUGCAGCGGGAAAGAAGGGCAGGCAGUAGCGCCAAGCAGGGGAAGAGUAGGGACGAUUGGAGGCGCGGGUCUCAGCGACCCUCGGUGACGCCCAACCCAGAAGCUGAGGGAUCGAGACCCACGGCUCCGAAGAAGAAGGAAUCGACCACUGAAGUGAUCGAGUUCAUUGACUCUGACAUUGACGACUUAGCGCCAGCCCAGGCUGGACCCUCACGUCCACCGCAAAUCGCUCUCUCGAGAAACCACGAACCACUCUCCUCUAAGGACAUGGCGGCUCAGAUGGCGAGCUGGAGGAAGGAGGAGGAUGAGGCGCAGCGGAGUCCCGGUCCAUCUCGGCUGAAACGUCCUCCCACUUCGCCCCGGGUCGAUCGGCCGGCCAAAAUCCCAUCCGGCGGUAAACCCGUCCACCGGAGUGACGUCGAGGCAAAUCCAAUGGACUGGGAUCUCUCCUGCUACAAGGUGCCGCGGCGUGGCAUCGAUAGCGAGGAGAACCGGUCCAAGCGUGCAGUCGCCAGCUCGGAGUCCGGCUUCGGUCCUCUUCUCGCCAAGGAUAUGCCUGGCUCGUCGGCCGCGGCUGCGGCUUCACGCUCAUCGCACACCCAGCUAUUCCCGCCGGAUGCAGUAGCAGGUCCAUCCCGAUCCCCCCGCCCCCCAAAUGCACUCUCACGCGCCUCCACAGACUCACUGGGCACCGUCAACGGAGACGUCCCCAUGGUCGACGGGUCGGUAUCCGGAACGGUCGUCGGUACGUCUCGCAGCCGCCUCGCUGAGGCCCGAGAAGAGGCGCGACGCUUGGAAGAGUAUCAGAGGGGGCUGGGCGGCCUGAACGAUGACUCGGAUGGCCGAAGGAGAUCCGCCCUGUCGGCGACGUUGGUGGAAGAGGCGAUUGAGGAUGCUACUGCCGGAGUGAGCGACGUGGAUAUAACCACCUCCGGUAGUUCCACUCCGCCGGACACGGGACCGACAAGGACGUCGAUCUGCGCGACAGCGCUGAAGGUACGGGCGGAGAUGGCAGCGAUGAGCAGGGAGGAUAAGCUCGCGCUGAUCGAGCGGGAAGGGAGGGGGUAUCCCGCGAACCUGUCAUCAACCCAGGCCUCCUCCGUGGAUCACGUCGAGUCUACCAUCUGCGGUCACCCGAAGGUCAAAGCCAAAGCCUCCGACGCCGCUCUUAUUCCCUCGUCUCCCGAGCUCGCUGCCGGUACUUCCGUCAACAUCAUGCCCGAGCAUCCCCCCGACAGAUAUCGCGGGAUCGCCAUCCGCGAGUUCUCAACCCAGAUGGUCGAUGAAUGGAACGACCGCCGAGCAGACUUUACGCACAAACCCGCCCUCCACCGCCAAAUCUUCCAGCAGUACAUGGCCGAGGCGUACGCGUCUUUCGAGCCUCACGCGGGCGAGAUCAAUGUCGUCAAUACCGUCGGGACGGCGGAUGCUGCUCCGGAUAUGGAGUACCAGUACGGGAAUGACAUCAUGUACCACGGCCAUGUUCCUGAUCCCGAUACGGGGACAGGGUGCGGGUGCGUGGGUCCGUGCAAGCCGGGCGAUAGGGGAUGUCGUUGUGUGCGGAGGCAGGAGCUGUACUCGUAUGGGAUGAUCCCGCCUGGGUUUGCGUACCAUGAAGAUGGGACGGUCCAGAACUUCACGAUCCCAAUAUGGGAGUGCGGACCAAAUUGCGGCUGUCCUCCGACCUGCAUGAACCGCAUCAUCCAGAGGGGCCGGAGUAAGGACACCGAGCUGGAUCUCUUCAAGACCCAUCAGAAGGGUUGGGGGGUCAAGGCUCGGUACGACAUCCCCAAGGGCACAUUCCUCGGCAUCUACUCUGGCGAACUUGUUCCUGACUACGAGUCUGAGCGGCGCAGCUACCUCUACGACCAGAUCGGGCGAACAUACCUCUUCGACUGCGAUAGCUGGUCGAUCCGGCAUCCGCCUGAUCUGAAAGAGCUGCGCAAGGUCGAUCCAAGGUUGGGAGACCUGGCGGAACAAUCUUUAAGGCGGUAUGAGGCGGUAUUGGAGGGGUCGGAAGAGGUGGAGAUGGAGAACUAUUCGGCGUAUAGCGUCGACGCUUUUCAUUACGGGUUCACCCGAUACUUUAAUCACUCGUGUGACCCCAAUCUGGUCAUCAUGCAGGCAUAUGUCAACGACUACCACCCUGAGAGACCCAAGCUCGUGAUGUUUACCCGAUGUCCUAUUGUCGCAGGCGAGGAAAUGUGCAUCUCGUACAUGGGCCUCCCGGACGAUGAUGAGGAACCUUCUGAUGUUCCCGCCACGAAGAAUAAGUCUAACUCCCGAAAGAAGACCUCGGAGAAGGGCAAAGGCAAGACCUCCGCGAAAGCUAGGGAGGCCGAGUUGGUUCAGGCGGUGAGGCUGGGCGCGGAGAUUUGUCGCUGUGGCGCACAUAACUGUAAGGGCUACAUGUUCACGGGCGGGAAUUAUGCGGAAGACUGA